CACACGUGUUUUGUUGAUUUCAGCUGAGUGGAAGUUUGGCAAAAAUAGUGGCAUAUAUAGUUGAAAAAACCCAAAUAUAAUGUCAGUUUUCUAUAAAAGACAAUUCUUAGAGUAUUACUUCUGGUAUCUAAUUUAUAAAACGUAGGACCACCCAGAAUAUUAUUCGAGUAAUCAGCUUGGUAAUCGACUUCCUUCGCUGAGAGACUUAUUGCGUAUUAUUAGGAAAUACAUUUCAAAGAGGGGUUCCACAAAAAACUAAAAUUUCUUCGAAAUGUCAAUGUUCAGCAGCAAAACGGGCAUUACGUCCAUAUUAAAGUCGUUCAGCGGUGCGGAUCGCGAGCGUGCUAAAACUGCAGCUUUGAAUAAAGUACGCUUUUCGACGCCAAAAGAGAAGGGCAUUAUUGAGUCGGUGCGAGUUGCUCUCGAGGAGCAUAAUUUUCACUUUAUUCAGGAAUUUACUUACUUUCUACGCGAGGCGGAGUUAUGUGAUGAGGAAAUUGUGGCUAUUAUGCGAGAUGCUCGGAAAAUCGUGCACAGCUUGACGCCGGAGUUUGCUGAUCUUGUGGAAGCUCUUCUAGGAAUCAACUGGAGGAAACGCAACAUAAAUGCUACAGAAGCUUUCUCCGAGUUUACUGUUGAUGUGAUGAUUGCCCACAAUACGUAUAUUCAGAUUGGAAUCACCAAGUUAAUCUUAAACUGGAUACCAAAUGAUCAGGAAACUGACGAUUGGAUCAAUGGAUCGCCGUCCGAAAGUGUGCAAGCGGAUCUACAAACUGUUCACACUUUGCUCAAUCGUAUUUUGACUGCAGUGCCAAUGGCUUUUGAUGUGGUUGUGGACACAAUUGCGGCUAAAUUUCCAUAUUUUAAAAAGCCGGCUCAUGUCACCGCCGGGUACAUACACAAUGUACUUUGGCUCAUAUCUUCAAAGCCAGUCUAUGAAGAGCUUUUAUUGCAGCUGGUUCUGCAAAAGUUGCUUAUACUGGACGUGAGUGCGCCACGUGAUGAAAUCGAAGCACUACGGGAGGACUCCGAUGAUGAAGAAGAUGAAAUGGAGGCGGACGCCAUGUUUCAGAUGGAUGAUGUCAAUACUCAGCCAAAGCAGCCAAGACCACUAGAUCAUCCCAUUGGUCAGAUGCUUGAUAUAUGCCUGCUGAAGCUUUUUAAGUUCCUCGACGAUAAAUGUCGGCCAACGCUCAAUGCCAACGAUGAACAGCGAAUUGUGAAAAACCGAUUCUUCAAGAUGCUUAUUCACAUCUUCGACGAGGUGCUGCUCCCAAGCCACAACAUACAUCAUGUGCAGUUUGUCAUGUUUUAUGUGUGCAGCAUACGUCCAGCCUAUACCGAAGCCUUUCUCAAUUUUCUUUGGCUAAAAGUCCAGAAUCCAAAUGUAUCGUCAAUCAUACGACAUGUCGCUGUUAGCUACAUUGCCAGUUUUCUGGCUCGUGCCAAGUUUGUGCCAUUGAGCACCAUCACUUACUAUCUGAAGGAGUUGAGCAACUGGGCAAAUACCUACAUCAAUGAUUCGGAUGAGUUUAGCAGCAAAAACUGUUCACUCAAAGCCAACAUGGUAUUCUUCUCCAUCUGCCAGGCCAUGUUCUAUUUGAUUGCCUUUCGUGCGCGCGAUUUGACAAUCAACGAAAAGAAUUUGCUGCUGUUAAACACGCUACAAUUGUCUAGACUCGCCAUGUGUCACUUCAAUCCGCUGCGUUAUUGCCUGCCACCAGUGGCCACUGCAUUCGCUGGUGUCACGCGCACUUAUCAGUUAGCAUAUUGUCACACAGUCCUGGAACGUAAUGCACGACGCAAACUGGCAACCAUUUAUGGCCAUGAUAAGCUAAUGCCAGAGGAAACGCUUGACACCUUCUUUCCCUUUGAUCCAUACAUUCUGCCACUCUCGAGCAAAUAUAUUGAGCCAAACUAUCUGGUCUAUAAGGUGCACGAGUUGGAGGAGCCAACGGAAAUUGUGACCACAGAGAUCAUGCGACGCAAGCGUGGUGAUUCCGAAAUGGUUGAAGAGGAUGACUUCAUACUGGCGGACAAGCGACAGAAGCUAAGCGAACUGUCCAAUAGUCAGCUGUUUGACAAACAGUUUUACUAUGGAACCUCACCGGGAUUUAAUCAACAAUAAACAAAAAUGAAUGUGGGGGACAUAGUUGUAAUAGUAUUGGUAUUUAAUCAAAAUUAUAGACUU